AUUAUUGUGUUCGGCAGUUAGAGAGAAUGGAUAAGCACGCCACCCACCGGAUCGUCGGCCAUGGAGUAUGCAUGUUGCUGCAAGUGCUCAUCUUCUUGAAUAUGCACAGGAAACUUGAGAAGAACUUGGCCACCCAUCCUGAGCUGCAAGACUUUGCUGUCAUGCUCCCAAGGUUCAUGACGGUAUGGAACGUGGGUUUCCAAGUCAUGUAUUCAUAUCUUGCACUUGCUUGCGACUUCACGACUGGUUUCAAGAUUGAAUCAGUAGUUCCAACUUGGUUAAGGAAGUUCAGAUUCACUUUUGCUGUUGGGGUUCUGUAUCCUUGGUCUUCCGCAAUACUAUCUUUCUGGGUGUUCUUUUUCUAUGACCGAGAGCUGAUACUACCUCAACACCUGGACAUCGUCGUUUCACCGGCAUGUAAUUUUGUAUGGCAUGGAUUUAUCAUGGUAUACGCCUUAUGGGAGUUGAAAUUCUUACCGCAAUUACAAAAGACAUUGGCGAGCUUCACGUUAUUGAUCACCACCACCUGUCUGUAUACAGGAGUAUUAUUCUACACCAGAUACGUAGACCUCGGAAGAUGGCCGUACGCCAUUCUCGCGCUGAACGAAGGGACGAAAUACGAGAGCAUUCUAAUCUGGGUGGUUGCUCUCGGUGGCAUUUAUAAUUAUUUCGUCCAGUUUCGACUCAAAAACUAUUUGGAGGGUCGUCAAAAUAAGUUAUGUACAGUCGCGGAAUGA